CCUAAACUAAAAACUGCAUAGGCAUUAAAAAUUAAAAAUAAAAAUACUCUCAGAAUUGCAGGUCCCCGAAACAGGUUCGAUUUUCAAGGGAACAAUGGCAGCUGAGUCGUCGAGUUCCGUUCGAAAAGUGAUUGUUCAAUUAAAAGCAACUGCCGAUGCUCCUAUACUCAAGCAAAACAAGUUCAAGAUAGCUGGAACUGAUAAAUUUGCUAAGGUGAUCGACUUUCUGCGGAGACAACUUCACAGAGAAACAGUGUUUGUAUAUGUCAACAGUGCAUUCUCUCCAAACCCUGAUGAAUUGGUUAUUGAUCUAUUUAAUAAUUUUGGCGUUGAUGGUAAACUGCUGGUCAAUUAUGCUUGUUCCAUGGCAUGGGGCUAGUUAGCAGUCAUAAAUAUGCUGUUAAUGUAGUGUUCAUACUGUAAGAAGUAAGAACCAUUCUGUCACACAUAUAACUCUAUUUCUACUUAGGGAAAAAAGGAAUUGAUUUAGCAAUUUUCACCUUAUCCUUUCUUCUUUCAUAUCUUCCCAAUUACUAAUUUUCUCGGUUGUUACUUCUGUGGAUUUCUUCAAACGAGGGGUAAAUGAUUUGUCGAUAGCCAGAAGAUUUUGAUAACCCAGAUGAAGAUGAUAGCAGAUGACUAACAUGUAUUUUAGACAAGGAUUAUUUCUUUCGUUUGAUUGCUUAUUUCAUUACUUCUAGUUCUUUCAUUGUCCUGGGUUGGGUACAUGAGUAAUGUAAUUUUAAUUCCACAUGAUUUGACCAGAUAACAAUUGUACAUCUUCAUAUGUUUCAAGUAAAAUCAUCAUUUGGCCUCCAA